AAAAUUAACACCCUGUUUGUUUUUUUUGUCUCCCUAGAGAGAGAGAGAGAGAGAGAGAAGAGGGAGGGGGAGAGAGAGAGGGGGCACCAAAAAUGGGUAAGGUAGUGGAGAAGAAGAAGAAGAAAGGAAGGCCCUCUCUUUUAGAUCUCCAAAAACGGAACCUUAAACAACAACAACAGCAACAACAACAAAAUCAACAACAAAAGCGAAACAGCAACUCUGCCCCUCAUUCCACAGCUAAUUACAAGACUGCCCCUGCAUCUACCACCACUCACAUCCGCCGAUCUACUCGCCGGAACCCUAACCCCGAUGCUUCCUCCUCGCCUCAAAAGCUACAUGCCGAAGAGGAUGAUGUUGACGGUGAUGGUGGUGAGGAGGAAGAGGAGGAAUUGGAUGGGAAACGACGUGAGAAGAAGUUUAAGCUCGUUCUCCGAUUGCCUCCGAACCAGAAAUCGUCUUUGAAUUCUGGGUCGUUGAAUUCGUACGGUUCGGAUUCGAAUGCCGAGGAAGAUAACGCGGCGUCGGAGGGUAACAAGAAGAGGAAAAUCAACGCGAUCGGGGAUGGAUCUGGGGUCGGAGAUUCGAAGAAGGUUGACAAGUCCAGUUCUGGUACAAUCCUCAAAGGAGCGACAAAGUUGGAUUCUGGACCCUCAACGCCUUUACCGGACAAAAAGCUGCUACUGUUUAUUCUCGACAGGCUACAAAAGAAGGACACCUAUAGUGUGUUUUCUGAACCUGUGGACCCCGAAGAGCUCCCAGACUACCACGAAGUGAUAGAGCAUCCUAUGGAUUUCAGUACUGUCAGGAAGAAGCUUACUGGUGGAAGUUAUACCUCUCUGGAGGAGUUUGAGAAAGAUGUUUUCUUAAUAUGCUCAAAUGCAAUGCAGUAUAAUGCUCCAGACACUAUAUAUUUUCGACAGGCACGCUCCAUACAAGAGCUGGCAAAAAAGAAUUUUGAAAAUUUGAGGCAAGAUAGUGAUGAUAAUGAACCAGAACCAAAGGUAGUAAGAAGAGGUAGACCGCCAACAAAAAAUUUGAAAAAACCGCUGGGCAGACCUUCAUUGGAGCGUGCUGGGUCAGAAUUUUCCUCAGAUGCCACUCUUGCUACUGCAGGAGAAAACACCGCAUGGACUAAUUAUGAUUUGAGAAAAGGUUCUCAUGCCUCUGAUAGAUCUGGUUUGGCAGAUUCAUCUGGACGCUGCCAUGUUUCACGCAAUAUGGAUGCCCAUGCUAGCUGGUUGGCUGAUAGCAAAUUUGAGAAGAACGAUGAUUUUACAGGUUCCUUAUCGAAAGGUAACUCAAAACAAGGGAAGAAGCAAUUUGUUCAUGAAGAAAAUAGGCGUAAUACUUAUAUGCAAUCAAAUCCCUCUGCUGGUGGACGAGAGCCAUCUGUGUUUACUACAUUUGAUGGAGAAAGGAAGCAGCUAAUGCCUGUCGGAAUUCAGUCUGAGUAUGGUUAUGCAAGAAGCCUGGCUCGGUUUGCUGCAAAUCUGGGAUCUGUAGCUUGGAAAAUUGCUUCCAAGAAGAUAGAAAGGUCUUUGCCAGCUGGUGUUAAGUAUGGCCCUGGAUGGGUUGCAGAAAAUGAUCUAAUACAAAAUAGGCCAUUGCUACCAGCCUCACAAUUACCAGGUCAACCAUCACCAUCACAGCCCAUUCCAGAUCUAGUAAAUUCAUCUUCAGCUGCAACAACUAGCCCUGUUGAAUCAAACCGAGAUAAAUUAGCAGACAGGCCUGAAGGAGAAAAUUCUUCACACAAGCGUGUGCCUUCUGCUACCUCAACAUUGGAUGGCCAUCUAAGCAAGCCUCUUACACUGUCUGCCACCACUUCUUCAUCCCCAUCGGUUGCUAAUAAACCUUGCGAACCUCAUACAGCAAAAGCAGAGCCUGUUGAAGGAUUGAAGCCCCAGACUGGGUUUAAUUUACUCAACAGCAAUGUUGGUGCACUCAGACCAAGGCCUCCAUUUCAGGUUCGUCAGGGACCUAUGGUUUACCCCGGCAUGAAUGGAUAUAAUGGUGCAUAUGGUCUUAACGUUGCGGCUCAGAUGGGAAAAUUAAUAAGAGCAGCGAGGCCUGCUGGUUUAAACUUCCAGUCAUCUCCAAUGAUUGACCCAAAAUCUAGAACUAAUACCAACGUCAUCAAUCCAGCAAAAGCAAAUGCAAAUGCAAACAGCAUAGAUACAGAGGACUCCAAGUUUUCUGACAACCGAAGCACAAUAAAUCCUGGCAAUUCAUUGUCAAAUCCAGGGAAUGAGGCACCAGCAGCCCACAUACCGGGGCCCCAUCCACGCCCAUCUUGGUCAGGUUUGUCACCACAUCAGAAAUCAGAUUCAGGAUUGUCACCACAACAGAAACAAGCUUCAGUUCCACCAGACUUGAAUAUCAUGUUUCAGUCUCCAGGGUCUCCUAGUUCUAGCAAGGUUGAUUCAACACAACCAGAUUUAGCAUUGCAGCUCUGAGAAUAAUUGAGCUUUUUUUCUUUUUUUUUGGCCUUAUUGUUGAUUUAGUUGACCAUAGAGUGGUGGGACCUGGAUGAGCUGCUUCAGGUGAUGAGACUAGUAGAGAGGGUCUUUAGAACGUGGAGCUGAGUAGAGCUCCACCUAACUAUAUUGUAAAAGAGUAGGUCUUCGUGUACAGAUUAAUGUAUCCUAAUCUUUAGAUCCGUAAGUAGAAAACGAAAAAAAAGAAAAAAGAAAAGAAAAAAGAAAAAAGUAUCUCAUUUGUAUCAUUGAAAACUAUGAUUUAGCAACAAUUUAUUUUCUUAUAAUGUAAGAAUGCUUAUAUUUAUAUUUA